AUGUCCUCAGGAAUCAGAAGGCAGCUGCUGUGGCCAGAAGGCAGUGAGCAAAGCGGGGUGGGGGCUGGCUGUGCAGCAGAAUCUGACCCCAUCCCUGUGACCCCAUCACCCCGGCAGGCCGACUCCUGGCUGACUCUAUGCCGUCUCUCGGACCGGACUAACGGUCCCCACGAGCAGGCCUCCUGCCCUGGCCCCUGGCCCAGCACUUUGGGCGUGGGAAGCCCUCGGCAAGCAGGAAGGCAAGGCUUACCCAACCGUGCAGGCCCAGUAGGGCCUCUGCGCCCAGGCCGCGCAUGGGGCAGGCCCUCCCGCCCCGCUGGCCGCCAUGCCCGGGAAGCCCCCAGCGCCCCCAGGACGGCCUUCCAGGGAGAGAACGCUUCCCAGGCGAGCUCCUGCUCCUUCUUGCCUGCCUCCAAGACUUCUUGCAUGAUCUCAGCCACCAGGCACCCUCAGCCCCCGCCCGCGCCCCUCCCCGUCCUGUCUGGGAGCUCUAUCUGUAAAACGGAUCUAGGAACCCUGCUUCUCCACCGCCUGAAACCCACAGCAUCUGGGGAAGUCGUUGGCCCAAGCGAGCGGGGGCCCAGCGCUCGGGGACGCCAGAGCCCUUCAAGUGGCCGAGGCCGAGGCCGGUGCGGCCUCCCCGGGGUGCUGCGCGCCAGGAGGAAUUUGCCUGGAAGCUUCUCCGCGGCCACACGGGCCUCCUGGCGCUGGCUCGGGGCGCAGAGCGCGCGGCGGGGCGAGAGGCGCCCGGGCCUCGGUUUCUCCCGCAGCCCCCAGGGCGGGCGCGCCGAGAACAGUAGUGGGAGAAUGUGCGGAAUGUGCCAGGCGCAUCUACCUACCCCAGGAGAGGGCAGGGGAAGGGGACCGGCCGAGGGGAGGGGUGAGGGGCGAGGCUCCGGGCGGCCAGAGCAAACCUGUUUGUUCUCCUGCGGGCCGAGCCCAGUCGUGCCUCCUCGCUGCUCUGCGUGCUCCCCGCCGCGCCCCGCGCCCCCGCCGCCCCCGCGCCCCAACGCUCCCCGGCCUGGCCCGGAAGGGCGCUGCCCACCCGAGGGAGCCCGCGCCCCUGCAGUCCCUGCGACCCCCGCCCCACGAGCCGGGCACCUGUGCCAGGUAGGGCUGUUGAGUGGCCAUCGGACGCGGCCCGACAGGGAGACAGCGGGGGCGCCCUCCGGGGACCCAACGCCUGAGGCCGAGCUCGUACCCAGCCGGGUGACUGGGGACCACGCACGGCCUCAGUUUCCCCCUCCAGAAACCAGACGGCUCUGA